AUGUACUGGGCCAUUGGAGCUCCCCGAAUAUACGCCGCGAACAAUAGUAAGGCAAGGACAGACCGGAUAUUUGCAUUCGACGACGAUGCCGAAUCGCGCGAGACAACUGAGGGUAGCGGAUCACUGCUGGAUGUUCCAAGUACUGUCUCAGGAGGAAGACUGGAUGAUGACCUUGACACUCCGGCGUCAACGCCUAUAACGCCUAUCACCCCAAUAACUCCUGGUAUCAAGCCUGUUGAACAGGACUCUCAGAAUGGCGCGUCUACGGGAUUGCCUCCACAGGAUACCUCAUAUUGCAAGUCUGCAGAUAAGCAGCCUCUGCUUGCCCUGCGCAUUUCACGCACUGGGCACCUCUUCGCUGUCAUCACUGCAACGUCGUUGACGAUAUGGCAAACAAAGCCGACUGCUAUCUUAGCAGUAGUUGUACGCUCCAACAGAUCCCUUAGCACUUAUGGUUCAAACGUUUCCCUCCUCGUACGACCGGACUCGGCCAUCUUCGUCGUUCAAACAACACACGGCUAUCUAAUUACAUAUACAUUGGCUACAGACCCGGAUGCUCGAGUUUACAGGCCACAUUUUACCAAUCAUACUAGCAUCCAGACACGCAGACAGAGCAAUUUCGGCGGAGCAAGAAGUCAGGGAGGUGACAGAAUCUUAUGGGGUCCGGGGGAGGGAGGCGGAGUCCGGGAAGUGAGUGUGCGUUUUCGGAUGGUUAUAAAAGUUGAUGCUGGGAUUGGGAUGGCAUUGGCACUUGAUGAGGAGCUUGUUGUCGCAACUCAGAAACCAGCUGCAGUACAAUGCAUCAGAUGGACGCCAGAUACCGCUGGGAAUCAGACCAGCACAGAGCUUUUCAGUCGUAUGGAAUGGUUGCCAAAGAAAGUAAGCGUCACGGAAAUGAUCCAUGAUAGGCCAAUGAAUAUAUCUUGUUGGAUAACAAGCGACGGAAAGGCUUAUGCCGUACAACGCCAUCCCGUAUCUAGAGUUGCCGAUGGCCCUCAAAAACUCUUCAGGGGCUACUGUUUCCAUAGUCCUCAGUCUUCUGCGUUCCAUGCGAGCAAAGCAUAUAUCAAUGCUAGGUUUUCUCUAAUAGCCAUUGGUUGUUCUGACGGCACUAUCCAAGUUUAUACAGCUAGGGACUACGUCGGCAACAUUCCAGCAUCACAUGUCCACAGACUCUCGGUGUCGAAGGACUCUUCGGGUGACCUGACAUGUUUAGCAUAUUCUCCAGAUGGGUACUGCCUCUUUGCUGGAUAUGAAAAGGGCUGGGCCACGUGGAGCGUGUUUGGCAAACCAGGAGCGACAAGUUUCGGUGCCGACAGGAACAUUUCAGAGGACCACGAGGAAGGCUGGCUGGAUGGUGUAAAGGAAGCUACUUGGCUUGGAGGAGGUUUAGAAAUUAUUAUGAUUGGCAAUCAAGAUGACCGCAUAUGGACAUUGGAGAUGGCCCGAAGCGCCGUCACAGGAUGCUACACCUCGUCGAAUAUUUCUCGAGCGCUGCUUCAAACAACAUCGAACGUCAUGGUCUAUCGUGGAUAUGAUUUGCCUGAUUUAACAACCAUAUCUGCGGAAUCCUCCUUAUGGCACACCGCAGAGAUUCCCUCAAGCUAUCUUGUGGAUCAAUGGCCUAUACGAUGCUCUGUCAUCUCUGCUGACGGCAGAUAUGUUGCAGUUGCAGGCCGUCGUGGGUUAGCACAUUAUAGUAUUAAUAGCGGUAGAUGGAAAACUUUCGUCAACGAGAACAUGGAGAACGAGUUCCAGGUACGAGGGGGGAUGUGCUGGUAUCAGCAUAUCCUUGUCGCAGCUGUUGAGGCCGGCGAGUCAUUCGAGCUACGCUUAUACUCCCGGGAAGCUGCCCUGGAUAAUUCUCUGGUUCUCCAUUCUCAGGCACUUCCAAGCCCCAUCGUCCUCAUCGCCCCUUCUGGCGAGGACUCAUUACUCGUUUACACAUACGACAAUCUAUUAUAUCACUACAUCAUCACCGCCGCUUCUAGCUCUGUCAAGCUCGUUCAAGUUGGUCAAAUUGCCUUUCAUGGUAUUGUGCGAUCACCUGCGCGAGUAAGAGGGUUAAGCUGGAUAUUGCCGGAUGAACAACUGCUUAAUGGUGAUCCAUCGCAAGAUGUUGCAGUGGCCACAGUGCUUUUCCUUGUUGAUGGCAAACUCGUUCUUCUCCAGCCGUCGCUCAAUGAAGAAGGCAGGCUCAAAUACGAUAUGCGUGUCAUUGCCCAAAACGUGGAAUAUUAUACCCUUAUGAGAGAUGUACCUUCUGCAAAUUCUCUGCGGGCUUCGGGUGCUUUGGCGGGUUUCGAUGACGACGGAAUUGGCACAGACGAAGGUCCUGGGCUUCGAGAUUCCCUCUGGAUAUUCGACGGUAACGAGAUGAGGGUGUGGACAGACGUCCACGAUGUUCUUCAAUCGGCUCCUUCUGAAUUGGCCCGAGAAUUGCCCCCCAUGGUCUCAAUCUCUACAGACUUCUAUCCUUUAUCAGUCUUGCUUGGAAAAGGAAUCAUCCUCGGUCUGGAACCCGACCUCAUUCAACGUCGCGACGUGAAUUUUGCCUUUUUCAAAUUCACGAUACGGACUCAUCUCUUCAUUCCUCAGGUUCUCCGGUUUCAUCUCUCGAGGUUUAAUUCAUCCGCAGCGCUACAUCUUGCUCAUCAGUACCGACACCUAGAAUACUUUGCGCACUCUCUCGAAGUCUUACUUCAUAACGUUCUCGACGAAGAGGUUGACAACCCCCCUCCAUCAGAGACUGCUCUCUUACCCGGCGUGUUGUCAUUUUUAUCUUCCUUUCCUCAGUAUCUUGACAUUGUCGUACAAUGCACUCGCAAGACUGAGGUGCGAUCUUGGCGGACCCUUUUUACGUAUCUACCCCCUCCACAGGAGCUCUUCGAACAAUCGUUGCAAAGGGGUUCAUUGAAAACAGCGGGCGGGUAUCUCCUCAUUUUGCACACCUUUGAGGAACUAAGUUCAAGCUCUGAGGAACUCGUACAUUUGCUCUCGAGGGCCAAGGAUGAGGGUGACUGGGAAUUAUGUAAAGAACUGGCGCGUUUCUUGACAGCCUUGGAUGAGAGCGGGGAUACGCUGAGGGAGGCAUUGGAGAUGGUAGGUCUUCGAAGCCCGGGAGAGACCCGCGAACCGAAUAGCUUCAUGUUGGAGGGCUCAAGGCUAAAAGUCCCACGGCCCGGGAGGGGUGCCUUCCAAAGCCUGAAUGGAAAUCAUGGCAGUGACCAAGAUGACCGCUCAAGUAGUGGUAGCCGUAGUCCUCGAAGUUUAGGACGGGGCGGUUCCCCCGAUUAUUUCACUCUUCGCAAUGGCGAAACAUCGCAGUAG